AUGUAUUGUCGCACUCUGAUCCCUGGAAUAGGAAAGGACAGUCGAAGGUACAAUCUACAGUACACCACAGACAAUGGUAGAGAAAAAGAGUUCAUUGUCGAUGUUAAACAUGCUGCUGUCGUCAGUCUUUACUACCUUAAUGAAGCCCUUGAAGGACGACAAACUGAAAUACCAUUUGAUACCAUGCAAGCAAUCCAGACUGUUCUGCGACAAUUGCCAAAAAUGAGGACCAUCCAAGUCCGUAAAUACCGUAAUUCGUUCUUUGAUUAUCCGACCGGUCGCGAAAAGGACCUUGGCGGGGGUAUGCAAGUGUGGAACGGGACGUUUUUUAGCAUUCGUCUAACACAAUGGAAGAUGAUGUUGAAUGUUGAUACUUGUGCUACAGGUUUCUACAAAGGACAGUCUGUGAUAGACUUUAUGUGUGAUUUUCUUAAUCUGCGAAAUUUGCGAAGACGUUUGGACGAGGGACAACGAAAGAAAUUUGCCAAAUAAAUAAAAGCAAUAAAAGUUGAAACAACACACAUAAAGAGAAAACAAAAAGCCAGCGGUCUGUCUUUCAAGUCGGCCAAAGAUGAAACAUUCGAUUGCGAAGGUCGAAAGGUUUCGGUGUUGAAUUACUUCAAAGAUCAGUACAACAUCACUUUGCAAUAUCCAGAUCUGCCGUGUAUUAAGAUUGGCCAGAAGGGAAACCUCAUCCCGAUAGAGCUUUGUCGAGUUGUUGAUGGACAAAAGAAGCAGGGUAAAUUGACGGGAGCACAAACGCAACAGAUGAUUCGCCACACUGCCACACCUGCACCAGAUCGCCUGCAGAAAAUUACAGAGUUGAUCAGAAAACUCCACUACGAAAGUGACCCAUAUAGCCGAGACUUUGGCAUCAGUAUUGGCAAUAAAAUGGUCACUAUACAGGGACGUGUGUUACACCCACCACUUCUAAUGUAUGGUCCAGGUCACCGACCACAAAAAGAAAUGCCUUGCAAUGGGUCAUGGGAAAUAAGGAAUCAAAUGCUUGAUCCCAAGGACUUGAGGGAGUGGGCCUUGAUUUCCUACAUUAAUGACUGCCAAUCAAAGAGGGGAAGAGGUGGUAGAUACCGUGGCCCAGAAUACCUUGAUGAUUGUGGAAUUGACAAUCUCAUUCACCAUCUGGUGGACGUCGGUCGUGAAAAAGGGGUACGCGUUAACGAGAAGCCAUGCUAUGUUAGAACAAUAACAGGUUUUCAUGGUACUGAUAAACUAUUCGGUAGUCUCAAGACUUGUUAUCCUAAUUUGCAGUUAAUUGUUGUUGUCUUACCAGUGAAUGGCGACGAUUACUACAAGGAAGUCAAGCACUGUGGCGAUGUCGUUCAUGGUAUCACCACGCAAUGCAUCAAGGUCGAGCAAGCUUCAAGCGAUUUCUCUGAUUGGAGGAAACGAGAGACGCUCGUUAACUUGUGGCUCAAGAUAAAUGCCAAACUCGGUGGUACAACCUGUAUCCUUGACUGGGGAGUUAAGUCUCCAAUCCUUCAUCGCCCAGUUAUCAUAUUUGGUAUGGUAUACUUUAAUUGUUUUUAAUUUAGUCUCAUAUAUUCAGUUCCAAAAAUGUCUAGGGUGAAACACAUCCCUGAUGUUAUGCUAAAUAAUAACUUGGUUUGUCUCAAUAAUAAUCUGCAGGGGCCGAAACUCAUUAGAAUAACAAUAUAACUCAUUAUCUAUGUUAGUCAACUUUUGUAAAAUCUCACCCCAAAAUGCUCCCGGGGAGCAUACCCCCCGAGCCCCCUAUAUUGUUCGCGCCUUCGCCGCUCAACUUGUACCCCCACUUUGUAAACCCUGGGUACGCCACUGGUUCACGACAGUUAUGACUAAAUCUCAAACUCAUUAAUAAUUGGAUCAAGAUUAAUUCAGUCCUUGGACUGGAUCAAAAUUCAUUAAGUAGUGAUUUAUUCGUAUGAGAUGCAAUCUCGUUCCCCGAGCCUGCGAUCCUCGGGAAGGAACGCGAGGCUCUGGGAUAAUCCGUUUCAGGUAGGAAUCUGAUUGGCCAUUGAAAUGGAAUGCGUAGUUCAAUCUUAGCCAGGAUUCUUGGCUUCCGGUAACGGAUUAUCCCAGAGCCUUCGAUUCCUUCCCGAGGAUCGCAGGCUCGGGGAACGAGAUUGUAUGAGAUGUCAUUUCAAAUUCGACUAUGAGGACUGGACUAGAUCAGUUUCAAGUCCUCGCAUUUUGAUCCAAUCCUCGACUUCGCCUCGGGCGUGACUAAAUGGACCAUUUGCAUUAUAGACUAAAUUUCAUCACAGCUUGAAAGAGCAUCACAAAAUUAGUAAUAUUCCAAAGUUUCGUUGCGAAAUGUUGUAAAAUGCAGAUAAUAUCGCCUUGCGAAGUUUGCAAUUUUCAGUCAUUUUGUAUUACAAACGGGAAAUUGAUGCACCAACACCCGAUUGGGCUGUCAAUUUCCCGUGCGUAAUACAAAAUGACUGAAAAACGGCAAAUUUCGCAUGACUAUAUUAUCCGCAUUGUACAACAUUUCGCAACGAAACUUUGGAAUAUUACUAAUUUUGUGAUGCUCUUUCAAGAUGAAAUUUUUGUCUAAAUCAAAAUUAAGUCUAUAAUGCAAAUGGUCCAUUGCGCCGACUUGAAAUCUAGUCCAAUCCUCAUAGUCGUAUUUCAAAUAUUACAUAAAACCAGGCUUUAUAUAUUAGGUGGAUUUAAAAAUGACAUUGUCUCUUGUCUAGGUGGUCAUGUCACCCAUCCUGGAGCUGGAGACAAAUCUAAGCUAUCCACUGCAGCCGUUGUAGCAAGCAAAGAUUCUUACCCGACCCUCUACAAUGCCGAAGUCCGUGUGCAAACACACCGUCAACAAAUUAUCGCAGAUCUUCAAGAAAUGGUCAAAAUACUUCUGAGGAAAUUUCGGGCCUCAACAAGAGCGAUUCCUGAAAAGAUAAUUUUUUACCGAGAUGGCGUUAGCGAGGGGCAGUACCGAGAUGUCCUCAUGAAUGAAUUGUGGGCGAUUCAAAAGGCAUGUCGUGAGCUGCAAGAGGGGUACACCCCUGCUAUAACUUUUAUCGUUGUCCAGAAGCGUCACUAUGCUAGAUUUUUUGCAGUCGAUCCGAGAGACCAAAUGGGGAAGAGCAGGAAUAUACCAGCAGGUACAGUGGUGAUUUGCUAAUGUUUUGUACCUCUUUUUGUACAAUCCUCUAGCUAAGAGUCUAAGCCCCGCUUACACUACGCUCAAUUUUUGGUACGGCACGGAUAAAAUUGGUACCCGUACCAUUUUUUUGGUCUCCGUACCACUCUUUUCGAACCAAAAAAGUGGUACGGUACCAAAAAUCGAGCGUAGUUUAAACGGGACUUUAAGACAAGAAAUUGUCAUCGAUAUAUUUUAGUUCGGACAGCAUUUUUUUCUUCCUCAAUAUAGUUUGAAGAUCAUAAAAAUAUUCUCUACCAUUUCUCAUGUUAGACGCAUGUUAAUGUCAAAUCAAAAGAAUUGUGAAUUCUCGGUGAAUUUUAUACGUGCUUAUACUUGUUUUGAAUUAUUUCAAUUUACAGUGUAUAUAUAGUAAAGUUAGUAAAUCGUAAGUGUGUUAGAUAUUCAACUAUUGCUUAUACAAGCUGUUAUACCGGCUACUGUAGGUUGAGGGUAUUACUUAUACAGGGUUCGUAGUCUCCAAGACCAAAAAAAUUCAAAGAUUUUUUCUGCCUAUUUUCAAAGACUUUUCAAAGAUCUUUGAGAGCAAUCAGCUGUCGAAAAAUGGCGAGUGUAAGCACCAUUUUUACCCAGUAAUCAGUCCCGUCAAAUCACAUCCUCAAAUGCGCAUUUUCGUCGAUAUUUGCGAAAAUCUUGAUUCAAUCAAUCUAUUCAAUCAAUCUAUUUUAUUAGCUAGGAAAUCGUAUAAUCAAUUCCUCACUAAAGAAGUUAAAGACUUUUAAAGACUUUCUUCGCUUUUUCACACAAUUUAAAGACUUGUCAAAGACCUUCAUUCCAAUUUAAAGACCUUCAAGGAUUUCAAAGACCGCUACGAACCCUACCGGCUACCCACUUCGAGGGUUUUUCUCCAGAAAUUUUAUAUUCCUUGUUAUGUAUAUAGGUACGGUGGUUGAUACACAGGUCUGUCAUCCGUAUGAAUUCAAUUGGUACCUCUGCAGCCAUGCUGUUACACAAGGCACAAGCAAGCCAGCCCUCUAUCAUGUAUUGUACGAUGACAGCAAUUUCAAGUCAGACGACUUACAGAUUCUGACCAAUCAGUUGUGUUACACCUAUGUGCGGUGUGCAAGGUCCGUAUCUAUCCCCGCCCCCGCCUACUAUGCCCACCAUGUUGCGUUCAGAGCCAGACGUCAUUUGAAGAUUGAAAGUAGUACUGAAGACAGUACUACCGUACUACUCUGAUGACUCCGGGCCCAAAGAGGUCACCCAGGAAAUAAGGAAUUUGGUCACAGUCCAUCCAAACGUGAACUGCACUAUGUACUUUGCUUAAAAAUGGGCAAGUAACAUAAUAGUAAUAUAGGUACCGUUCAACCCUGAUUUUUAGGGGUGAGCAGAGAUGAGCUCAUUAAAUAUGCAGUGUGAGCAGAGGCGCGCCGCAUAUCAUUAGCAUAAAACGGCAGUCACAGCGUAUAGCGCCACAAUAACGUCACAAUACAGUAGCGCCACCAAGUGCGCUACCAAACACAAUAGCGUGCAUGUUAUACUUAUGUGCGGUGUACAAGAUCAGUGUUCAUACCCGCGCCCAUGUAUUAUGCUAAUUGUGCAGCUUCAAGAGCCAGGCUUCAUUCGAGGAUUGAAAGUAGUAGUGAAGGAAGUACCGCAUCUGAUGGAACUCGGGGCCCAAACCGGAAAGCGCCAGGGUCCAAAACGGGACCCCAACGUGAAGUGCACUAAGUAUUUUGUUUAAACAUAUAGCAAGUAAUUUUCUACAAAAAGUUAACAUUGAUAUUAUACUGUUAGUUUUUUUAACUAAAAACUAAGCUCAUCAUAAAUUAUUUAACUAAAAAUUGG